AACAUCCUGGUAUGAGUAAGACGUCUGUUUGUGGUGGCAGACAUGAACUGGUUGUCCCUACAGGUCUUGCUUGGCGGCACUAUCAAAUUCUCCACACUAAUCCUACUUUUCUUGCUAUCUGUUCAGUAUGUCUUCAGUAACCAACUGUUAAUGGAUUCUUGUACUAAUGUCUGCAACGAUAAACAGAAAGACUUCAUCUGCAACACCGCCCAGCCGGGUUGUACUAAUGUCUGCUAUGACAAUUUUUUCCCCAUCUCCCACAUCCGUCUAUGGGCUCUCCAGAUCAUUUUUGUCACUUGCCCGUCUCUCAUGGUGGUCGCUCACGUCAAGUAUCGUGAAAUGAAGGAUCAAAAGUACACCAAUGUCCACAAGGGUGAACACAUGUACGCCAACCCAGGGAAGAAGCGUGGAGGGCUGUGGUACACCUACAUACUCAGCCUGGUUUUCAAAGCCGGCUUUGAUGCAGGCUUCCUCUAUAUUUUAUACAUAAUUUAUCAAUUCGACAUGCCAAAUGUCACAAAAUGUUCUGUGGAACCUUGUCCAAAUACAGUUGACUGCUACAUCUCCCGUCCUACAGAAAAGAAAAUAUUUACCCUCUUUAUGGUGGUCACCUCUUCGGUGUGCAUCUUCAUGUGUAUCUGUGAGAUUUUCUAUCUGAUUACAAAAAAAGUUCGCAAGUGCCUGCUGAGAAAGCAAGAGCAGAAUACCGUCACAAAGCCCAAUUACAUAAGGGUGGAUCCUACAGCCUCAUCAAACCAGAAUCUCAGCAAUUUUGAAAAGGCAAAGGUUGCAGCUGGGCAGAGGGAUUCAGCAUAAAUAUGUUCUGAACUGACUGUGACACAAUCAAGCACAAUAAACACCAAUAAGACA